GGUUUUGAUGGUCACUAUAGUGACUACCAAACGCUCCCGCCAUUUUGAUACUGGUGUUUAACGAAGAAAAACACGAAAAUAUAUUUUUAUUUUAUAAAAUAUGGUUAAACUACACAUUAAACGAGGAGAAGAAAGUCAGUUUUUGUACGAGACUACAUGUGCAGUCGAAUUAAACGAAUUGAUUCCACAAUUAGUUCGAAUUCACAACGAAAGAUUGAAAAUAGAACGACUUAAUUAUGAAAUGGAAGAGCUUGCCAAGCAUGGUAUUACUCUUCCCCCAAACAUGCAGGGAUUGACUGAAGAACAAAUCUCCGAUCUUAGACUUCGCGAUGAGUGGGAAGAUAAAUGCAGUCCAAGUGGAGGGUAUGUGGAGACUAAAGACCCUCUUACUAAAAGAAACGGCAGAGCACCUAAUGAAAAAAUGGCUGAGGUUUUGAAUAGAACAAGACAAGAGUCAAAAGCAAUGGUUUCAAAGGAUAAUGUGAAAGCUGAUGUGUGUCUGACAAUGGACAAGGUAAAGCAAGCACUGGAUCAGAUGAAAGGUGCUGUUAUGAUAGUAUAUCCCAUGGGGCUUCCUCCACAUGAUCCUGUUAGAAUGGAACUGGAAGAUCAGGAGGAUCUCUCAGGCACACAGGCGUCAUUACAAGUUUUUGAGGAACAAACUGCUCAGUUAUGGUGGGCAGGAAAGGACUUGCAGCGUGACAAGAAGCUACAAGAUUAUAUUGGAAAAAAUGAGAAAACCAAAAUAAUUGCUAAACUUCAAAAGAAAGGGCAAGGUGCUCCAGCAAGAGAACAAGUGAUAAGCGAAGAAGAGAGAAAACAGAUGAUGCUGCAUGCCUAUAGUAAACAAGAAGAGUUGAAGAAACUUGAAACCUGUAAUGAUGACAACUAUCUAAACUCUGCUUGGGCUGAUCCUAACUCACUCAAAAGACAAUUUCAGGGUGUGAGUGAUGUGAAAUGGAGACCUUGAAUUUUAAAUGUAAAGAUAUAGGACUGUGAAGGCAAUACAAAACACCAAACACAAUUGCAAUGACUUUGCAAUAACUUUGGGGCAGAGAGAGGGAAAGAAACACAAGAAGUGGAAGAAUGAAUUAAAACCUUACCUUCCAAUUCUUCCAGCUUUCCUUCAAUCCCUCUAAAUUUGGCAACAAACUAGUCUACUGAAGGCUUGAUUUCUUUAAUUAAUGUAAUCGAUAUGAAAUUAUGUGUUGUUCAUUAUUUGCUGCUUUGCGAAAUGUUGUAAGGCAUGGAAAAGAGAUGGUGUGUAUUCAUGUAUUUAUCUAGUUGACUUACAGAAGUUUCAUGUAAACUGGUACUGAACAACCUUAGUACAAAAGAUUUGCAUUUAUACAAUUAUUUCAAUAAACGUUGUCGGUCGGAGAUCUGA